AUGGAUUUUGCUCAAUACGACUGGAAUCAAGACCGAGAAUGGACAGUCGAAUUUGACGGAGUAAGAAGUGAUCCAGGAACGAAAAAUAUACAAGAAAAAGAAAAAAGAUACGAGGUCCGUGUGCUAUGGGAUUGCGAAAACAUAGACAAGAAGACGUUUACGAAAACAUUCGAAGACAUCAUGGACUACAUUCUCAAUCCUACAUUCAUCGAUGCAGUCAACAAAUCGCUCAAGAAAAAGUCAGAAAAAUCAGCAGCGAAGAAAGUCAAGGAAAUCCACGAAGAAAUGAAAAAAGCGCAAAAUGAAGCAACCGGGGAGUGCAAAAUAUGCUACGUUCACGAACUCGAUUCAAGCAACUUCUCCAUCUUCCUCAAGAAAAAUACUGCCUAUGAAUAUUGUCAUUCCACUCAUGUUCUCUGUAACACCUGUGCUCAGAACUGGCGACAGAAAACAUGCCCUUUCUGUCGCGAGUCUGGACGUUUUCAUUCUUUUGAAAAUGAAUAA